AUGGAGCAGAUGACUAUCUUCAUCAGUUGCUGCUGCGAAAUGCGCAACGACGUGGCCACCCUUCAGCACGCCUCAAAGAAUACAUCUGUUGCUCCUACGUUCAUCCCAUAUUUAUAUCUACAGGUGGCUAGCAACGCUACUGGCCUUGACGAUGGCCAGAUCCAUGUCCUAUGGAGCGCACUAAAGGACCACAUUUGGUCUGCUCCGACUGCAAAGGAGAUCUAUCUGUCUUUGCCUCAGGUGUUCGAGCAGCAUGGCGCACAUCGUGCUUUGUACUCCCUCCACCCUCCUACUCGACACUGUAAAAAUGACGCCUGCGACAAGUCAUCGGAGUUGAGGCAAGAGAACGUUCUGGACGCCAUUGUCUUUACUAUAAGCCAUGGCGUUCAGCUGGGCAAGUCAACAGACCUCACAUGCGAUAGAUGUGGUUACCAAUACCAUUAUAAUUACUACGUUCACGACAAUUGCCUCACGUGCACAUACUACGACGACUACGACGUACACGAAUACCUCCAAGUAGGUACACAUCAAUUCAUUGAAAGGGUGCUAGCAGAGUUAUGGACAAACUCGAUGAUGGUUUCCGCCACGUCUGCCACAAGCUUGGCCAAAACAUAUGAGCUCACCUUCGCACGGAAUGGUCACGCCUUCAGUGACCGGUAUUUUACCUCCUCUCUGCUAGAAGAAGGCGACGCAGAGCCCGACAAGUUCAGCACAUACCUGAACCAAGAACAGGUGUGGGCUGCCUGGACGAUCCUCGCGCUCCUCCGAGAUCAAAUGGUGAUCAAACUCCCUCUAUCAAUUCCCCACAAAGGCGAUAACCGCACACGUUUCAACGAUGCUAUGCAAGAGCGUAACGAGCGCAUAGUACUCUGUGGGCAGGCCGAAUUAUUACAUCAUUGCAGUGGCUGCAUGCGCGUAUUUGAGGAGCAUACAUCGGAGGGCAUCAAACGCUGGAAGUGCCAAGUUGCUGUCAGCGACGGGGUGACCAUCGGUCACUUCGUCUGCAAGUAUCAUCGAUGCACCUAUCCGCUUGAAACCAAGCUCGACCACUACUGCGAACUGCAUUCCUACCUCGCAAACAUUUGCGCCGUCGAGGGCUGCUCGAACUCCAUUGUGCCUACAUACCGAACGAAAAGCACAUGCAAUGACCAACAACACCGGGAGAUGGAGAUUCAAAGUCGCGAUCGAGGCAGGUCCAUGUUUGAACUCAAGAAUCGACUUGCACGUGUCAAGACUGCACAUCGAGAAGAAUCAAACGAUGACGACGACGACGAGAGCCUCUAUACGGAGGCUCUUGAAUAUUUCGAAGUCGACGAAGCUGGGAACAUCACUCAGCACGUUGAUCACAGCCCUGUCAAUGUCGGCGUCCCUGACACCACCAACGAGGAUCAAGAAACCUGUCCGUCCAAGCGUCCCAAACGCUUCAAACUCCUGCUCGCACGCCGCCGCUCCUGUUGCGAAGUCACAAUUGUUCGUCCCUGCGGCAUAAUCCUUGCUCGAGGCACCUUUAAUCGCGCUGAGGCUGUCUCGAACGUAUUGAAAAUGGUUAAAGACAUAUUCAGCAUACCCGGUGCUCAAAAACCUGAGCACUGGAUAUACGACACCGCCUGCAAGGCCAAAAAGCAGGCGAUGCAAGACCCUUGGUGGGACACCGUUGGUAUGUCCGUCGACAUAUUCCAUUUUCGCAACAAGCACAAGACGACAGACGAGUUCUGCCAGCGGUACUGCAACCCUGCUGACUUUCCGGAGCUGCAGUCGGAGGAUGGAAGCGGGUGGUGGUUUAAUUCCAGUGUUGCAGAACAGGUAAACGUAUGGCUUGGCUCAUUUCAUGCAAUCGUCCGGGAGAUGAGGCCAAUAAGGUACAAUUUCUUUCUAGACGAGAUGGUUCGUCUUCGUAACAUAGAUGUCCUUGCCUCUCUCGAGAGGAAAGGCCUCUGUCCCACUUAUUCUCCUUGUCCCUCUGACACAAACUAG